CACAACUGUGCACCAUGGAAGGCAAAGGGCUGGUGGCUGAGCUGCAGAGAGCGGCCAUCUGCCCAGUCUGCAGGGGUCACUUUAAGGACCCGGUGAUCCUCGACUGUGACCACAGCUAUUGCAGGGCUUGCAUCACUGGCUACUGGGAGGAGGGGUCCCCAACGGGAAAUGGCCCUCGGGUGCUGUCUUGCCCCCAGUGCAAGAAAGUAUUUGAGAGGAAGAACCUCCGGACCAACGUCAAGCUGGCUGUGGAAGUCAAGAUCACUCAACACCUCAAUGCCAAGACAGCCCAAGGGCCUCUUGCCUCAAAGACCAGGCGCCGCCGUGGAGGCUGGAGGCCCACAGCUGGCAUCCAGAAGGAAAAGGAAGGCAUCCAAGAAGUCUGCAGCUGUUAUGGUGACGUGGCACAAUCCUACCCCAAGAGCGACAGCUGGAAAGAAGCAAGACCAGAAUAGUGAAUGCAACACAGGAAGAAGAAAGCGGCUUUAUUCCAGCUAAUGUGGUUUGGAUUCCUUCACCACCAUUUUCACCUGAACAGUCAGCCAGAGCCCUUCCAAACGGCUGUCCCUUCUUUCCCAAGCCCACCGCAUGGAAGAGAUGGAGAAGUUAACGUCGCUGCCAGUCCUGAGUUCUGGAUACAUAGAGAAAAAUGUCCUUUGCAGGUGCCUGGAAACCUCUUGACUCAUUUCUUCAUAUCUUCUUCAACAGGACCUUAAUACUGGAACCAAAUUUCAGGACUGAAGUUGCCUCUCGUUCAGAAGAAAUUCCACCUGUAGCUGAGCAGACCAGAUUUUUUGGUUGGGCUCAGUUAAAGAAAAUGGCUUUACUUGAAGGCCAAGACUUGGAAGCUCUAAUCAGCACCUCGGAAAAAUCCUCCUCUGCCUCCUCCAAAUGUCACUACAUACGGGUGACAGGACAGAAAGAAGCUUGUGUUUUUUUAGGUUACUGCUGAAUUAACCUGGGGAGGGGGGAUUGAUGGGAGGCAGGGAUGGGCAACCCAGGGCCCUGGAGCUGCAGUCCCCCCCCCGAGAAAGGUGUGGAAUGCAACUCCACCAAGUUUGCAUUGCAACCUCAACUGCCAUUGCCACAAUCGCCUUCUAGCACCGGGCAGGGAGAAGCUCCACUAUAAAGGCUCCUGGGUCAAUGUGGAGGGAGGGGGUGGACCUUCCCUUGGCCGGAGCUUCUUGAACUAGCUGUCUACCAUUUCACUCCCAGGAUUCAUUUCACUGGUCAUUUUCCUCCUUGCCUGACGGAAACCAUGUUUCCCUCUCCUGCAUUCUUUACACUGCAGACACCAUGGUGUAGAUAACGUGUCAAGCUGUAACCUGGUGUGUUGCUUAGCAGAAUGUGCAAACCAGGCCACAACGGCACGUUCAAGAAACCAGAAACCAAUACUGGUUGAGUAUUAUUCACAAACCCAGCCUAUGUUGAUCACUGAGCAGCUGCCAAAAUGAUAGCAUUUUUGGCAUGAAUUCGCAUUUGCUGAAGGGCACUGAAGAUCACUGUACAAUUAUUCCUUAAACAAUCAGCAGGUAGAAACAUUUGGUCACCUCUGAUGGCUGGAGGGACCCAACACUUAGGGGAAAGAAAGGUCAUUAAUGUCAACCAGUUUCUGUGAAGUUGAGCCAGAUCCUGUUAAAGGGGAAAAUCUAAAGUUUCCUACCCUUGUUUGCCUUUUUAAUUUUAAAACAAAUUAACAUGUUUUCUCGUUCCCCUACUGAAUGGUACUGGCAUGCAUGAACAAGGAAGAGACUGCACAACUGUCACGUAGUUAACACUGGAUUGUUUUUAUUUUAUCUAUAAUACAGUGAUUGUUAAUUUGUGCUUGUCCAUAAAUGCAUUUGGGUCCUUCGUGGAAACGGACUGAAUGUAAAAUCAAGAACAAGUUAAAAGCUUGCCUGCUAAGGCAACUGGGGCAUCUUUGCGGAGAAGGUGUUGGUUUCGAAUUUUCAAUAAGUAACUAUGGGAAGUGUAAGCUUCGGAGUCAGUCCUGGUACAGCAUUUAAGUGAUUUGCCUCUUCCCCCCAGAUAUCAACUGUGCAGGACAUACAGUACUUGAUGUAAGUUGCCAAGAGGCUCUAGAACAGGUUGGGGAAUUCUGGGAGUUGAAGUCCACACAUCUUAAAGUUGCCAAGGUUGAGAAACCCUGCUCUAGACUGCAGCAAGGUAGAAAUGUGGGCCAUAAAUCAAUCUCCACAACAAUACAGGAGGGUCAGAAAUCCAAAAAACUGACUAGGAACAUUUAUUCCUACCCUGUAGUUCUCCUGCUUUUCUAAUAGCAGCACAAUAGUAAAAAUGAGGAUCGGGUCCAGACUACAAAAGGUGGGGCUGCAAAGGAGAACAGGGCUUUCUCUGAUCCUGCAGACACUGCUUUUUUCAUUUCCAGCAGUGGGUACCAAAACUUUUCAGAAUUCCUUUAUGAAAGCUACAGGUGCCCAACCUGAUGCCGUAGCUAAACCCACAGGAGUCCUUCUAGAAAGCUGAUAAAACAUUUUUAACAGGCUACAGAAAUGAAGAAAGAAACAAAGCUGGUGAUAGUCCUACAGAGCUGGAAGCCCUUCCGUCCGAGCUGAUGCCAAGAAAACUACCUGGAUGUGCCAAUAUAAUCAACAGCAGAUGAGCUCAGCUUCAGGGAACCUUGACCUUAAAUCACUUUCAAGUGCAGGAAAACAAGUAAAACACCUCCUAUAGCAAAUCCGCCUCCCCCCCUCCAAUUAUGGUGCAUUGCUAAAAGCCCCUUCAGGCAAGGCCUAGCAACCUUCCAAAUGUUCUUGCAAAGCCUAGCUUUAGAUCAAUCCCAGACGUUGGGACCUGUUCAGAUACCUAUCUAAUUGUUCCUACAUGAGCAUGAUCUCUCUGCCUCAGCAUGUUGGGGAAUGAUAUAUUUUAAGGUGGAUGACAAUCCGAUUAGCAGCAGCCACUUCUCAUCCGACGUUGGCAUGGAGGCUGCUCGGAGAUUACAAAGGCAUUGCUCGUGCAGAACAGGGAAGAUUUCUCUUAAAACUACAGCUACCUUCUCCCCCCCCCCCCCCCCAUUUCGGGGGACUCUUGUCAUUUUAAACAGCAGCUCUGUUCCUACAAUAUGAUUAGCUAUCUGGGAGGCAGGAAUCUGGAUGAUCGCCAGAUGGUAGCAAAGAGAUACAGAAAGGUUGGAGUUCUACAGCCCAGAUAUGAGUAGGCUAUUCUAGAAAGCCCAUAGGUGAAAGUGGACUAUCCUUGUAUUACCUAGACAGGUAAAGCCUUAGGGGUAGUUUUUGUAGCUGUCAAAAGUACUGUUUUGUUAAGAAAGGAUGGGAAGAUAAAAGGAAUCCACCUAGUGCAGAGCACCUUAUGAAGGACAUGGAAGGGAUAAAGGAGAUGGAAGAGGGCUGGCCGCUAAACUUUUUGAAGUCUGAAGCACUGAAGGUGUUACCUAGCCAGGUAACGAAACGUUUGCAAGAAAACAACCAAGCUCAGAGAACCCCAAGGACUCCACAGUUCAACCCUGAGCUAAACAUAUUCUCUUCUUUUGAAGUCUAACAGGAAGUGUUCCUCCCAGUUUUUAAUUAUUUCUUUUUAAUAUCUUUGUUCCUAUAUCUGGCAGCCAU